UCGGCGCCUCUCGGUCCGGCGCUGGGCUGAGCAGGAGCCCGGAGAACUAGCGCCCCAGCCCGGCUCCAGGGAGACCCCCUGCCCCGCUCCCCCGGCGGCGGGGAGAGGAGACCGGCCCCAGCGAGCGGGGAGCCCAGGGCCGGUGAGCGCGGCAGCGGCCAACAGGCUCCCUGACCUCUGUACCGAGAGACGAGGAGGAGCAGGAAAGACACCAGCCCUCUGCCGCUCUGUCCUUGUGCCAGGCUGUGCCCGAAAUCCGGAUUCCCUCCCAAUCCCCUGCCGCUCCUGGGGCUGGAAAUCCACAUUCCCCUGGUCCUGGUCUAGGAAUCUGGAUUGCACCUUUCCUCCCCCGCCCGAAGGCCAUGCAAAAGGGCAAGUGUGAACUCCUCCCCGAUCUGCCCCCCAGGCUCUCUGUGGAGCCCCAGGCAUGGCCGGGAGGCCGAGAUGUCCGGGUGACAGUCCGGGCGCCCAGCUCCCAGCCUGAGGAUUAUGUUGCCCCGGGGCUGGGGCAGAGAAAGACCCUGGUCGUCCUGGAUAUCGUCUGUCUGCUCGUGGCCUCCAUCCCAUUCUUGGUCUGCGAGGUUGGCCUGGUCCCCCCCAUGCGCCGUGGCUUCUACUGCAACGACAGCAGCAUCCGCUACCCGCUGAAGCGGGCGGAGACCGUCAGCGACACGGUGCUGAUCUCGCUGGGGAUCCUCAUCACCUCUGUCUCGAUCGCCCUGGGCGAGAGCUACCGCAUCCACUCCCUGCGCCUGGGCUCCCGUUCCUUCAUCCCCAACCCCUACGUGGCCAUCCUCUACAAGGAGAUCGGCGCCUUCCUUUUCGGCUGCACCGUGGGCCAGUCCCUCACCAACAUGGCCAAGAUCACCAUCGGCCGCCUCCGCCCCCACUUCCUGGCCGUCUGCCGGCCGGACCUCGCUCUCCUCAACUGCUCCCGGGGCUACGUGGAGGAGUACACCUGCACUGCGGGGCCGUCGCAGGAGAAGGAAGCCAGGAAGUCCUUCUACUCUGGCCAUGCCUCCUUCGCCAUGUACAGCAUGACAUACCUGGUGUUCUACCUGCAGGCGCGGUUAACCUGGCGGGGCGCCCGUCUGCUGCGCCCCCUGCUGCAGUUCGUCCUGCUGCUGCUGGCGCUCUACACCGGCCUCACCCGCAUCUCUGACUACUGGCACCACCCCUCGGACGUGGCCGUGGGCUUCCUGCAGGGGGCGUUCAUCGCCUACUGGGUGGCCUUUCACAUCUCAGGCAUGUUCCGCCACAAACCCCCAGCCUCCCGCCUGCCCCCGCUUUGCCCUGAUAGCCCGGACUCCAGCGGCCACACCAACUGCUAGGCAUCGUGCCAGAAC